AUGGCAGAGAGCACACAAGAUAUCCAUACCAAGUACGAACCUCAUCCAGAUGCCCAUCAAUUGACUGGGCAUGACAGCCAGACUGUUGAUUACGAACCUCACCCUGAACACUCGUUGAAGAUAUCACCCGAGCAUGAGGCCAUAGUCACGUCAAUCACAAAUCUCUACUCUGGAAGUUGCAGCGAGAAGGAUAUGUCAGUGUAUGCAGAAAAGGCGAUAUAUGACGACCCGCUGUCAUAUUGCGACACCCGCUACAAAAUUGCCGGUCAGUGGUAUGGACUCCCUAAGAUCUUCGCCAAGUUGGAAACCAAAAAGGUCGAAGUGGUCAAGGACACACCAACCGAUAUCGUCUUCAAACUUAGGCAGGAGUACACUCCCAAGCUGGUCAACACUCCCAAAGAAGUCGACUCUCUGGUCUCAUUGUCACUCGACGAUACCGGAAAGGUGCGGUAUCACAAGGAUAUGUGGAAUUCCAACGACUACAGCCAUUCGGGCAUUGGCAAGCUGAUUAAGAACUUGAAUGGUGAUCACCUCCCAAAGAUCACUCAGCCACCAGGUUCGCUUUAG